AUGUCUUCUCAAUUUCUUGAUACCCGAAAUGGAUCGUUUGAUAUUUCGUUCUCUUGCACCUCGAUGGGUGAGGGUGACCAGGCAGAUAUGUCGGACAGUAUGAGUUACCUCGAACAGGAGGAGAGUUCUGAGAUUGAGAUUAAGCCCGUUGCUACUUCAACUCCGAAGGGGAAUCGACGACUUACUGUUUCGAUUGGACUGGAUAGUAUUGUAGAAGUCCUGACACCGCGUUCGACAAGGGGACAAUGCUUUGACAAAUCCGAUGUUUGCCGGAAUGACGGCCCUGGUCUUGGUGGCUUUUCUGGGACUGGUGAGCGAGCAAGUGCUGUAGAGGAUAGCGUUUCCUCCUCGAUUAUUCCGGAUGAGGGGCUGGGGAAAGAAAUGCUGCCGAUUGAGCUGCCAGAGAAGGUAACCGAGAGGGAGAUCUCGAGGGAUCCUACGCGCGCGACUUCGGCCUCUAAAAAUCGGUCUGUUGCUCCAUGUAGUAGUACGCCAACCUUAGGUAAAGGUCUUAUGAAGGAUCAGAAGCAGAGAUUUACUCUGGGUUCGGGCUCUGUGACCCCUAGCGCUACUACCGUAUAUAAGCGGCCAACAAGUAGGGCGGAGGCCCGGCCUUCUAGUAGACAGGGUAAUCGUCCCUCAAGCAGAGCACAAGAAUUUCGUCCGCCAAGUAGAGCACAGGAUGCGAAGGUAUCGAGACCCUCACCCAGAGCAGGUUUGUCGACACCUGGUGGGCCUGCUGAUGACGGGUCGAACUCUUCGACUCCGACUGGGACACCCGCUCCUGCGGUAAGACCUAUGCGAAGACUACACCGUGACACGGUAUCAACCACUGGGGCUGACUCUGACGACGAUGACGACCCUCGACGAUUCCUCCGCGAGGAUACCCCUGAUAUGAAUAAUUCACCAGACUUUGUUAGGGCACCAAAGCUACAAGUUUCAAAGAGACAUGCUCGACAGCCUUCGAACCCUACAAGCGCAGUGACUCCGGAGAAGAGUUCGCGAUUCAACACGGGCCCAUAUGCGGCAGAAGGCUCCACCUUGGUUCUUCCCACCACACCGAUACUCCCAGCGGAUCUCGAUGAUAAGAUCAACGAGAUUUUGGGUAGCCUACCGUCCAAGGUCCGCUUGACAGCUUCGAACCUACAGAAACUCAGCGAGUCGACCAACCGGCAACCCCCUAUAAAGCCCUUUGACCUGUCGUCUCCUACCGGGAUUCCGGGUCCAAAGUCUGUAGGGUCGUCUCCAUCCGUUGCAUCUGAGGUGCCUUCAUAUGCUCGUCCGUCUGCUAGAAGACACAAUUCAAGCAGCCCUGGCGAUAUCAAGCUUUACCAUCUCCAUCGUACGGAUGGCCAAACACCUAUUAAACUUUACAUUCGUCUGGUGGGAGAAAAUGGUGAGAGAGUGAUGGUACGUGUUGGUGGUGGAUGGGCGGAUUUGGCGGAAUAUCUCAAGGAGUAUGUAACGCACCAUGGGUCAAAGAGAAGGGUUGUUUCAGAGGGCAGAGUGGAGAUUCAAGAUCUUUCGACCCAUAGUCACCACGGCCGGACAUUGCAUCCAUCUAGGUCUAUAUCUUCCUUCCGGAGCGUGAGCCCCGGGCCUAUGGGUAGUCGACCCAGCUCUCCAGGUGGCAAUCGUCCAUCAACAUCGCUCAGCAUGCGGCGCCCAGAAAGCCCCAUGUUGAUGAAGCGAUCAGAAAGCGAAAACCCGUCACUACAGAUCAACCCAACAACAAUGCGAGGUGGGCAUAACGGCACUUUGCCUGGGAAUAAUAAGACAUCACCAACAACCCCUCCCGACGAAGCCUUCCCACUGCAUCCGCUCACAGCCCCCCAGCUAACACCACCGAACCGUAGUUCGCCGUCUAGUCGCCCAGCUUCCCGCCCAGGCUCAUCUUCAUCUGCUGGCUAUCGAAGACCCACUUCCCGACUCUCUUUCUCGGAAUCAGCAUUCGGCGACUGCGGUUCUGCAAACGGGUGCUCACCGCCGUCACUACUUCCCCCGCCACAACCACUUGGUCUCGCCGGUCCAAAGGGAAAGUAUGUGCACCCGGAUAAUCAAGCUUGGGUUGAAGGCAUGUUAGGGCAGGUUAGGAAGGCUAGCGCGGACAGGAGAGCGCAGUUACUCGCUGCCACGGGGCAUUAUGGAGAAGGAGGGGCAGAAGAGGCGGUUGUCGAGGGGUCCAUGGUUGUAGGCGGAGGAGGGGGGGAUUAUGGUGGGAGGGAGUUUGGAGGUAGGUUGGGAGAAAUUGGAAAGGCGGGGGGGACCAAAAGGCUGUUUGCUAAGAAGGGAUGAUUCUUGAUUUCUUUUUAUUUUAAGUAAAGCGUUUCAUUUGUUUCGUUUCAUCUGUCUGGGUGUUUGGGGGUUGGAGUUUGCUUUUUUCCUACGUUUUCUCGUUCACUAAUCAUUAAUUUCCUUUUAAUGUGUGGUUUUUCGCGAGGAUUUCACCAGCUACCGGUAGGGUAUUUCUAUUUCUACAUUUUUUAUUCCCAUAUUGUACUUGGAAUUCGUAGGGCUGGACGGUUGAAUUGGACGGAUGGCUGGCUAGAAACAGGGGGAAUCGCUUCGGGGUUACACAAGUGGGAUAUAUACAAGUUUUCUCUUUACUUUUUACUACUAGUUUGAGCUUUAAUAGGAAUUGGGUUAUACCAUAA